AUGCAGGAAUUGACUAUUAUUAUAGCUAUUGUUUCAACAACUUUUGGUGUAUUUUCGAUAAGUGGCAUAGGAGCGUAUUUAAGCUAUAAAAAAAUUAUCAAUAAAUAACUAACAAGUUAGCUUUCUAAUUUGACUGAGAAUUUAUUUAUUCCAGCAUUAAUAUUUACUAACUUUCUAAAGAGUUUGACUUUAGAAACUCUUUAUAUGUAUAUUCCAUGUAUUGUGAUCACGCUUUUAUGUUUAUUUCUAGGAUAUUUAGUAGGAAUAUUGAGUAACAAAUUUUGGAUAAAACAAAACUCUCUGAAUUCUGUAAUACUUUUAGCAUCUUCUAAUCCACAUACUACAAAUUUAUAAUUGCAACUUUGUUAUGGUCUUAGUAAAUGGUUUGCAUAGAUGACUGGAUAACCAGAAAAACUAAUUGAGGCAAAACUAAUCACAACAGUGAUAAUCUAAACUGUAUUAGUCACUGCAAUUAGAUGGACAAUAGGACGCAGUAUUUUAGAAUAACAAGAAAAUACUCAAACAGAAUUAGAAAUGACGAGUUUAUCACUUCCUUAAUAAAAUUAAUUGACUUAACCUUUGUCAUCCUAUUAAGAAUCAAAAAGUUAAAAUGAUGAGAAAAAAAAGUCAUUCUGGAAUCCUCCUUUAUGUGCUACUUUGGUUUCAAUUGCAUUUAUUUGCAUUCCAAUAAUGUAAACCUGUUUACUUAACAACAAUAUAAUAUAUAAUACAAUUUUUGUGCCAAUUUAAACAAUAUCAAAGGCGACUUCACCUAUUGUUUUAAUAAUUCUUGGAAGUAGUCUAUAUCAGAUUUAUUUUGAAAAUUCAGAGAGACUGGAAAAAUAUUAAACAAUAUUAUAUAUAGUAUUCAAUCGGUUACUAUUGAUGCCUAUCCUUGGUCUCUGUGUUAUCAUAAUAGUACACACCCAGAACAUAAUUGAAGAUAAGUGUUAAUUGUUUAUGUUAUUUGUAACAUUUUGCACUCCAUCAUCCAUAAAUAUACUAUUGUUGGCAAGACAAUAUCUGUAAGAAGCAGAGUAGAUAGUAGCAGUUAUUUUGUUAAAUAGUUACCUUUUAUCUAUUUUCACAUUACCUCUUUGGAUGAUAACCUAUUUAAUCAUGUUUAAAAUAUGA